AAUAUACUUCUAUCUCGUUCGCUCAAAAACAUGGAGGUUGUGCUGUGAAAUCGCUACCGAAGUAUAUUUUUCUUUGUUUACGUGUCGACGUUCUUCUGAAAAACGAUUGUAGCCCACCACGGGACGCGUGUCUUGCGGUUUAUGGAAUUUAUUCAAAGAAACCCACACAUAAAUAAUUUAUCGAGGACUAUAAGAGUGAAAUGAAUAACGGAGAGGUCGGGGGGUCCAGGGGCAGAGGCCGCGGUUGGCAGCAGCCCGAGAAUCAGCCACGGGAGCUUCGCCGGCCAAGGAUCGUCGGCGAUGAUGCAAAGGCCGACGCUUCUAAGUCGACUCUGUCGGCGGAGGCCAAGGAAUGGUACCCGCCUAACUACACUCCUCAGGCUGCCCCAGCCUACAACCAAGAUCAGGGGUCAUACAGGCCUCAAAGAUUCUCCGUGCAAGAUCGCCUCCGACAGGCGCAGGAUCAAAACCCGUACAAUUUCCAGGGCAUGUCGUACUCGCUGGAGGAGGCAGAGAAUAUGGACAUGCGGGAGAACAUUGCGAACUUGAUAACGGUGAUGUGUGAGAUAACCUUCGACCCUGGCAAGUUCGAUACCCUGUGCGGGCCAUUGGUGGACUCUUUUGCCACCACACUGCAUGAUGCCAGCUAUACCAGGCCCUUGGUGGAAGCAAUUGUUAAUCAGUCGAUCGGGGAGUCCAACUUCCGCUACAACGGUGCGCGGCUGUGCUCGAUGUACGACUCGGUGGCGCCGCCGGAGGAGUCUACGUUCCGCGCGUGCCUGCUGGAGCGCUGCUCUGCCGAGGAGAACAAGAUCAUCAGCGGCAUCGAGACUUCCGAGGAGAACAUGCGCGGCUUCGCCAUGUUCCUCGCCGAGAUUUACACGCAACUGGAGGAUAAUCAGGGGGGAAGAAUCCGUACCCUAGGGGAGAGUCUUUGCAAAGUGCUACUCCACCUUCUGGACACCGACAAGGAAACCAACAUCAAAGCAGUCUGUCAACUUCUCAAGCUAUCCGGGAUAGCUCUGGACGCGGACUGCCCGGCGGGCAUGCACGCGGCGUUCGAGCGUCUGAAGCGGCGCUCGCACCUCGCGUGCGUGCGCAACGUGGUGCAGCUGCGAGCCGCGCGCUGGGGCAUGGCCGAGCCUGACCCCAUGACGCGCGCGCAGCAGCCGCCCGACAACCGCCGCAGGAACCAAGCCGUGAACGGCGCCAUGGAGGGCGGCGGCGAGGCGGGCUACUUGGCGGACGGCAACACGCUGACGGCCGAGGAGCAGGCCUUCUUGUCUAGCAACCUGCCGCCCGGCAAGAACACGGCGCUCGAAGACGACAUCUUGGAGGAACUUGAGAACGACGCCUGGGAGACGGACAUGGACGCGGAGAUGCAGGCCGGCUUCCUCGAGUUCCUGCGCAUGUCCAACCAGAUCAAGCGAUAACCGCGCAUGCGGCGCCUCGCGGGGGACAGACCACUCGCCUACUCUACUACUUAGGACAAUGAAAUACAAAAAAAAUAUAAAAUAUUAUAAAACGAUAAAAAGAUUUAUUCGGAUGCGACCAACUUUGCAAUCACUCUAGAGAUUUCUAGUUCAAAUGAAUGGUGCCCGAAGAACGUUGGUGAGGUCAGUAUUACUCUUUUGAGCGGUAGUUCACAGUUGCUUCCACUGCUGACCGUGUUGCGGCCAUUUUGACAAAUAUUUUACGCCUACCACACUACAAGGUGCUCUUUUAGAGUGGUUCAAUUCUGGAACAUUUAUAAAUUAAGAGCUUUUUAAUUUUACAUAAUUAUUCUGCUAAGGUCCAUAAGGUUAAUGAGAUACUUCUCAGUAUAAUUAUUUGACUUUUAUGAUUUGUCUAUUUAUGAAUUAUAAUUGGUCUGUUGCUCCGGGAGGAUAAAUUGACGCGUGUUUACGGUGGGUCAGCUCGUUUUAUGUAUAAAUUUGCCAGUGUUAACAUUUCUAUGUUUAUACGUAAACACGCUGUGGUAUUCAAAAACAUAAUUACUUGUCUUAUGUUUGUCUCUUUCUCAUGGAACGUGAGAAACAGACAGCCAUGAAAGCUACAACGCUACACGCUCUUUACGUUUCUGAAUAGCACAAGCAUCCGAAACAACUCCAUGGACUAAAUGUAAACAAGGUUAAAGUAACUAAGGGGUUUGUUUUGUUUAAUCCAUGCGGCUGCGCCCUUAGUUAUAUUAGACUGUUGUAAAAAUAUCGAUGAAAUUAGUUUUGAUGUCUAUUAGUUUUUGUGUAUAUGUAGUUUAGUAGUAGCUCCCACCACUGUUAAAUUGAAGGCCAUACUAGGAGCCAUUGCUUCUUGUUUACAUUUCGUCAAUGUAAUAAUAAUGUUUAGUGAUCUCAGGAUUUCUCCAUUAAUUCUCUCUUUUUAUUCUUGACAACAUCUACUUUUUUAAUCUUUCCUGUGGAUCUUUCUUUUUUCUUGGAUUAUGAAACAAAAAUACAAUAAAAAUCCAUUCCAUUUACAAAAUAUAUAUCGAUCAUUCUAAAUGCAUUAUUAGAAGGCUGAUAAAUAUAUUUUAAUGAUAUAAUGAAUAAUUUGAUAUCAUCCUUUUUCUGGCAAUAACCUGCUACAAAUAAGCAAGAUUCCUUCGAACAAGCUAUGGAGAUUUGUGUAGUUUACGUGUUAGUUUUCUUCUGCACAAAUUUGGAUACAUUCAAUCACAUUUUCAUACACACAAAUGUCGUUUUACAUUGUUUGUUCGUUUUUGCAAUUACUAUCCAUAAUCUUGUAAGAUUAAAAUGCCAAAUUUGUUACAUUUAUGUUGAACUUUGUUAUGUGAUUUUUGCCUAUCUGAAAUGAGUGGGAAUGAUCGUUGCCUUGAGUGAAAGAAGGAUUUUAAUCAGUGACCUAAUUGCUGAAUAAUAUAAUUCGGCCAGAAUGUUUCACACACAAGCAAUAAUAAGAUAUAUUUACAGGUUAUAUAUUAAGAUAUUCAAACUGUUAAUAAUGUGCUAAUAACUGAACACCAUUUUUGAAUUAUAUUUAUGCAAUACUGGAUUAAUUUAUUUUCAAAGCAAUUAGGAAAAUGUUUGUAAUAUUUCAUUGUAUUUUUGUUGCAGUGAUAUUAUGAAUGUUAUAAGAAUAAAUGGAUAUUUUAAUAAAAGUCAUUUAAAUAAA